AGCCGAGCGAACAACUUGGGUGCGGGCGCGGUGACUACCGUGUGUACGACAGUAGCCUUUGUAGUGGCCAAAAAAACGCAUUCGGCUCACCCCCCCGAGUCGGCCGACAUCGGCGGCACACACAGUGAAUAUAAAAUAUAGUAAAUAAUUAUUUUUUUUUUAAAUUAUUAUUUUUAUUCGAUUUUUUUUCACGAAUGCUUGCCAGUGUCUUGUUCGCGUUUAGUUCGUGUGUGUGCAUAGGCAGCAAAGCGAUGGCCGCGGGCGGUUGCCGGGCAGCAGACACGACUGUUCCACAUCGAAACAGCUGCUCUUGUCGAGUGUUAACGUUCAAUCCGGCCACAAAUCUAAACCCAACGCAUCAAUAAUUGACUCCGGAUACACGAGAGCUCAAUUAUUAUAUGGUUCAUAAAUAACUAGUCUUGAACUCGGUAGAGCUGGCACUGUGUACCCAAACACCUCCGGCGAUAACAACAUUUCAUUUUCACAUGGAGAAUAUCAGCUGAAAAAAACAAGAUGUCCUGACAACGAUGCCAAUGGCGGCAAUAUGAGAUCCUUACCACCGGGUCACGAUGGAACCGAAUACUGUAAACUUCGCAGAGACCAUCGAAACCACAGCAGCAGCGGUGGCGGCGGCGGCGGCGGUGGCAGUGCCACAUUCCGCCGGUCGUCAGCCACAGCGCUCUUGGAGCCGCCGCCGCCGUCGUCCGAACGGUACCAUGGCACCAUCGAGGGCCACUACCGCGUCCACGACCUGGCGCUGGACCGGUACGUUCCGCCUCCGUCCCCCGAACGAUACUCUGUCGGCGGCAGUGGAAGCAGCAAUAACAGCAGCACUGGCAGCCACGCGUCGACGACGGCUCGGUCGUACGGGCCCCACGACGACCGGUAUUCGACCACGUGCCACGGCACCGUCGUCCGCAGUCAUUACCUUCCGGUUUCGCAGAGCACGUCUGAAAGUUUUAUGUCCCCGCCGUCGCCCGUGGCCGAACGGUUCGACUACGCCGCGCGUCACAACGAUGGCUACGCCAAACGAAACGAACCGGUUUACUCGAGGUAUCCACCGGUGGCCGAGAGGUUCGUCCCUAUUGUUUCCCCCGACGACGGUUAUGACGGUCACUACGACCGUUGUGAUGACGCAUACGCCACCACCAGAAAGGACGCCGCGCUCUACUCGAGAGCGACGGCCAUCGUGGACUCGCUGCAACCGUCCGCGGCAGCUUUGUCGAGGGCGUACGCAACGGCCACUUUGAGGCCAUCGAACCGCUGCUGUACGGCCGCCAGUUCCGUGUACAGCGGCGGCGGUGGCAGCGGCUCGAGCGUCGGGUGCUCCUACCAGUACGGAGGCAGCAGGUCUCGGUCACCCAGGGAUCUGUCGCCGAACGCCCUGGUCCGGCCCCAGGCGGGUCAAGUAACGUCUUCCUCUACAGGGUCCUCGCCGCCCAAAGGGCUCACCACCAACAGCAGCAACGGUAGUGGUAGCGGCGGCGGCGGCGGCAACGGCAUGUGCCUGGUCCAGUAUGACGGUCACACGGCUACUUUGCCGCGAUGCGGUAGCGCCAACGUUAUUAAUUGCUCUGGCCCAACACAUUACGACGGUCAUCGCGACGACAUGCCCGCCUACGGUACCAACGCGUCGCGACGGAUAUCGUCGUCAUGCAUUAGGGAGAACACAGGAACGCUGGAGUGCUAUUCAACGCCCAUCUAUUCCAACCAAGCAAUGUUGGCCGCCACCAAGAACGCCAGCGCCGUGACCAACACUACCACAAGCCACAAUAAUAGUUAUUCAACCCAAAACGCCCAAAGUUCUAAUGCAGCUGCUCCGCCCAACAACAAUUCGUCGUGGAAAGCUGGAUUCAGCAAUAAAAGUUCGGCAAUUCAAGCUCAAGCUAAUUCAAGGUCACCACCACUUUCUAUAACAUCGAGUCCUGGAUCCAUCCAAUCAUCAACCAGUUCUAGCAGUGGUGUUCAUUCGGCGCCGCCAAAUAUGGAAUCGGGCCCUGACCGUAAGCAUGAUGCCCCGUUAAGAACUAUGUCGGCACCUGUACCUAGUGUGUCGCAACAAUCAUCUUCCUCUGAAGUGACAACGGAUAACUCGGAAGAAACAGCUAGUACUUGUACAGUACCAGCCAACAGUGGAUCGGAUCAACCUAGUAGUCCUCCGUCGGAAACCGUGCAUCAGCCAACCCAUAUACAUCAUCAAGCUUCGCUUCCUAUUUUAUCGUCCGACAUGUUAAACAAACCACACACUUUUACCAGAUCUACAAGCACAACGGAAGCUAUUAAAAAAUUUGUCAAAAGAGAGACAGCCAUGUUCUUUGGCCUAGACGAAGAAUAUGAAGAGACUGAAAAACUAAAGUGGUUAGACAGAAGAAAACGACUUGCCACUAGAAAAUAUGGAGAAUUAAAACUAGAAUAUGCCACACCUACAACAGAUAUUCCUAUUGCUCAAGUUUCACAGCCGGACUUACUGACGUCAAAUCGUGAUAUUGAUGAAAGAGACAGUGUUUCGCGUGUUCAACCGCUUGGAAGAAAACCUUCAGUCGCCAAACUAACAUUAAGUGGAAUAUCUUAUGUUAUUUCGAAAACUUUAAGCCGUAAAAAGAAAAGGUCUGUGUCAACAUCGAGUAAUUGGUCAAGAAGUUACCCAACAUCCGCUGUAUCCGAUACUUCUACAAUGCCUUCGCAAUUGGUUGAUGAUGUGUUUUUUGAUCGACUGUCCUCGGAUAACGGCGACCAAGGAAUAGAACAAGAAGUCGUAGAUUCUGGUGGCAAUUAUGAGACCUCAAUUAGACAUCAUUAUAAUAAACCACAUCAAAAUUUCGGAAGGUAUUCCAGCUGGCAGAGAGAUCCAUCUCAAAGGGUAGAAGACGAUCAUAUGCCAAACAUCGGUAUGAGUAGAAUCUGGGGCCGAGUGUUGGAUCGAGCGUUCGAUAAUUCUGACAGACGACAAUAUGGAAUGGGUGUUAUUGGACGAUUGUGCAGACGAUCUCUCAAUAAAAACGUAACCAACAGAAAAGAUGUGAAACAACAGCUUGACGACUUGGAAGAUCAUCGUCCAUUUUUCACCUAUUGGGUGACUGUAGUUCAAAUUUUGGUGCUAUUUCUUUCAAUUUUUUCUUACGGAUUAGGUCCUUUUGGAAUUGAUUUAAGUCAUCAAUCCGGCGCUGUCAUGGUAACCAGCCUGUCAGUACAAAUAAUCGAGUAUGUAGAGCCUUCAAAUUUUUGGAUUGGUCCCAGAGCCGCUGAUUUAAUACAUUUAGGAGCUAAAUUUGCUCCAUGUAUGCGUAAAGAUAAAAAUAUAAUGAAAGAAAUUGAAAAAUGGCGUGAAAAAGAAAGAGAAACUGCUUGUUGUAUCAGAAACGAUGAUUCUGGAUGUAUUCAGGCAUCAAAAGAACAAUGCACAUUCCUCAUACCAUCACAUAAACGUCUGGUGGAUUGGAGUACUGGAGGAGUUAGAGGAAGUGGAGGUGAUCAUGAUAAACCUCCUUUGACUUCAAUUUCCAAGUGGAAAAAAUGGUCAGAAAUUGAAGCUGGACCCGGGGGAAGAAUUUCCGGUUCUGUUUGUGGUCUCGAUCCAAAAUAUUGUGAAGCUCCUGCCUCGGUAGCACCGUACGAAUGGCCAGAUGAUAUAACAAAAUGGCCAAUAUGUCGAAAAAUGAGCGGUCGAGGUAGCGCACAACGACACAGCAGUUGGGGUAGCUCAGUAAUCAGCCAGAAAUUGACAUCUGCAGAACACAUGAUUUGUGAAGUGAUAGGUCAUCCGUGCUGUAUUGGUAUACAUGGCACUUGUCGUAUAACUACUCGUGAAUAUUGCGAUUUUGUACACGGCUAUUUUCACGAUGAUGCUUCACUUUGUUCUCAAGUGUCAUGUUUAAACGAUGUAUGUGGUCUUAUACCAUUCUUUUCUCCUGAAAUACCAGAUCAGUUUUACAGGCUGUGGAUAUCACUUUUUAUACAUGCCGGAAUCUUGCAUUUAGCGACCACAAUUGUAAUUCAAUAUUUUUUGAUGCGUGAUUUGGAAAAACUGACUGGUUCGUUGAGAAUAGCUCUGAUCUAUCUGGGUUCCGGAGUUGCUGGUAAUUUAGGCAGUGCAAUAUUUGUACCGUACCGAGCUGAUGUUGGUCCAGCCGGAUCACAAUUCGGCCUCUUGGCGUGUCUCAUUGUGGAGGUUAUAAACUGUUGGCCUAUGUUAAAGAGGCCCGAGCAGGCUCUCUCAAAGCUGUUAGCUAUCACAUUCCUAUUGUUCCUGCUCGGGCUGUUGCCUUGGGUGGACAACUUCGCACACCUGUUUGGCUUCAUAUUCGGGUUUCUCUUGUCGUAUGCAUUACUGCCGUUUGUUUCUUUUGGGCCGUACGACCGGCAGAAGAAGAUCUUCCUCAUCUGGGUGUGUCUGUUAUUGGCGUUAUUCUUGUUUUUAUUACUUGUGUUGUUAUUCUAUCUAAUACCUAUGUACGAAUGCGAAUGGUGUAGCUAUUUCAAUUGUGUACCCAUCACCAAAGACUUUUGUGCUAAUCAAAACAUCAAUUUUAAAAGGGACGAUUAUACAGUAUGACAAAUGUGGUGGCGACGGUACAAGACCGCGCAUAAAUUAGUGACUAAUCAAUUUGUCUCUUUAGCCAGCUCUGGCAAAGUGCACAGUGUAUUUAUUAAGGUUAUUGUUCUCUUUUUAGUCGUAAAAAGCCGAAAGGGGUCAAAUAGCCUAAAUGAUUUGUUUCUGACAUACCGAAUACCUAAACACUUGUCUGAAGAUAAAUUUGUGACUUAUUUUUGAAACUGUGUAAAACAUUAUUAUUAAUUAUUAUACUGUUUAUUUAUGAUAAUGAUGUUGACUGAUAUUAAGCGAUAAAUUAGCGUUAAAUAUUAAAGUGGUAUAACCACAAAACAAAUGGUUUUACUAUUUACAAUAUAAAUGAUAAAUAACUGUAUUAUGUACUCAUAAACUUUCUCAAUUUUUUUUUUUUUUUAUUGUAAAAUGUAUUAAUAAGAUUUUGUUUUGUACAAAAUAUUGAUCGAUAACAUAUUUGGUGAAACUACAAAGAUUACGAUUACCAUUUGGACCUUGUGGUUAGGCUAAUUCUUUGUCAACAUCGAUAAUAUUUCAUUUACAAUAAUUUGCUAGAUAUCAAAAUGGUUAAUACAUAAUUCACACUCAAGUGCAAUAAUAUUAUUUAUUUAUUAAUUAAGCAAAAGUUGUUGAAAAAAAAAACCAUUCCAGUUGUUGUACUUACCGUGAUAAAAAUUGUGAACUAUAUGUUUUAGUCGUGGCCAAAUAUGCAUAAAUGGAUUAUAUAAUAUGUGCAAUAUUUUUCAGAUAAUUUGUUGUAAAAUACUUUUAUUCGGCUUGUAUAUUUUUGUGUAUUUUAUUGUCUACCAAUUUAAUAAUAACAAUUAUUAUUCCAUUAAUAAUAAAUAACACGUGUUAGGUGAUAAAAUAAUUAACAGGUAUUAUUUUUAUUAAAUUUCAAUUUCCAUCAAUCCGUACUAAUCUAUAUUUAUUAUCUAGAUCUUUGUAAAUAAUAUUACAUGUCUGUGUACUGUGAAUUGCCGCGGUUGUAUAGUGUUCUUUUAAAAUGUCUUUAAUUUCAGGGUAAUCUUUACAAAGAAAUAAAAAUAAAACAACAUGCAACAGCUGUUUCUAUUUCAAAAUCGGUAUUUAAUUGAACACUACAACAGUAGGUGCAAAGGUGAUAAAAUAAGUUAUCAAAUAUUUAAGGACAAUGUACACGCUGACAUAAUGUAAUUAUUACAAUAUAGCUCAACAUUAGCUGAAUUCGUUGAUAAAUUAAUUUUUAUAAAAAUCAUGUUUUUUUUUAGAGUCCUUUAUUGUGUAUUUUGUCAGUUUUUAUUAGCGCAUCAUCGUCAUCCAGUUGAUAAAUCUACAAUUGAUGAUGUGAUGGUACAAAAAUUGUGUAAUUAUUGCUGCACGAAUUGGUUUUUAUAAAAAUUAAUUUAUACAUUCGAAAUAGCUUGCUGAUAGUUGCUUCCUAUAAUUAUUAAUACACGAUACGAUGAGACUGUUUAAUCAUAAAGAUGUGUAAAUAAUACUUAGGUUAAUAUUUUUUUAAGAAAAAACAAUUUAUUUAUAUAUAUGUUUAGUUAUUUAUAUAGUUCUGUGGUUAGGUGACCAAUUAUUAGUAUAGGUACCUAAGUCAUAUUAUUCUGUCCUUUUAGGAAUUGUGUUGACUUAUCACAGAGGCUAUAAUCGAACUGAAUUUGUAUGAAACCAUAAUUUGUAAUAAUUAACAUGGAAACACCUAAAUUAUAUAUAUAUUUUUUAAAAUUAAUUUUGAUGUCAAACUGAAACGAAUCCGCUAUGUAGUUGAUUUUAAAAUAAGAUUUUGUGGUCAUGAAAAAAAUAAAAAGUAUUUCCCAAUAAAGUUAAUUGGACAGCCUUCCAAAAAUCGUUAGACGUUGACUAAUCAUUUAUUUAUGUGUUCCCAAAAUGUUGGUAAAAAUAGAAAUUUCUAUUAAUUUUACCAAGUUAUUAUUAAUUUUUUACUUUCUCGCAGUUAAUAAUUUAAAAAAAAAACGCUUAAAUAUUUAUGUAACUUACAUCGCUUUGCACAAUAAUUUAAAAAAAUUAAAAUGUUGACAUAAGUACUUGAAAAAUAUAUACAUUUAGGUAAUUACUUCUUUUAAAUCCCUUUUAUUUAAUCACAAUACCAAUACUGGCUUUUAUAGCGAUAUUUGAUAUAAGUUUCUUUACUGCUAUUUUUUGUAUAUUUUAUUAUUUAACACCCAUCGAUUUUCUGGCACUAAAAAUAAAGUGGAAAUCCCCAAAAUUUGACAUUCAUUUUUUUUAAAUCCUAAGAACCUAACCAUGGUUUUGGUUCCAACAGAUUACUAGGUGAUAUUAUAUUCUCAUAUGACUUUCGUGUAAUAAUAAAAGGAAAUAACGGUAAAACAGCAACAAAAAUUCUUACCUGUUCCUACCUUAUAUUUUAUUCCUAUUAUUAUUUUUAUUAGAUUCGCCCCCCCCCCCCCAACAUUGAUGAUUGAUGAUAGUAUUAAUAGUAAUUAUACCUAUAAACAACUAUUGAGUGACUAAGAUUAUUUUCAAUUAGGUAAACACAUUACAAUGCAUCUAUAAAUUAUAAUUAAUAGAUAUAUGAUAUUUUUAAAUAUAUACAUAAUGAAAAAUAGUUAACUAUAAAUAUUGUAUCUAAUAUUCAGCGUAUUUGAACGGCUGAGUGGAAAAAGCUAAAAUUCCAAAAAUACCGCAAAAAUAAACUGAAAUAGCCAUUUUGUAGCUGAAAGGUAAACUCAUACUAUGAGCGUAUCCCAUUUAAACUUUAUAAAUUAUAGCUGGAAUUAUACAAUUCCUAUAUAAAUUAUAUAGGAAAUAAAUAGUUUUCUUAAAUUUUCUGAAAGUUGAGUAUUGAGGAAUAUUAUUAUCCUUUUCCCACUUAGUUUUUCAUUUGGUGUUUAUGUAUUACGAUAGUAGUAAUAAUAAUAUAUUAUUGUUUAAACGGCGAAGCAUUGUCCUAGCGAUACCUGAUUAUCCGUUUAACAAUAUUAUGUUAUAUAUUAUUGUUAUUAAAAAUAAAUAAAUGAAUAUGCGAGUCGUGUAAAUAUUUUUAUAUAUUAUUGUAAAUCUUCCGUAUAUAUUAUAUUGUAACCUGUAUAAAGA